UAAGCAAGAUAUCAAGAACACUUAUUAAAAAAUUAAAUAAAGAUACACUCAUUUCACACGUGGCGUAUGUUAACAAGACUUAUCCACUUCCAUUUCCAUUCUAAAAAUCGAAAAAAUUCCCGAAAAAAUCUCUCUUUAUUAUUCCAUCUUUACUUCACUCAAUCAAAUUCCCAUUAUUUUCUCAUAAUAAUCUAUUAUCCAUCCUCCAAUUUCCCCCAAAAUUCCAUAAACCCUAAAAAAUUCAAUCAAAUUCACCAUGGGCGGCGGCGGAGCCAUGAGAGCGGCGGCGAAAGUCGCCGGACUCGGAGCAAUGACCGGCGGAUUUCGCGCGGCGAGUGGAGCGGCUGAAACUCAGGUGAACUUAGCGGCUCGAAAAACGGUUCGACCGGUUUCUUCUGGGUUAGCAUCUUCGACCGGUGGAUUGACGGUUGAAGAAACGGUUCAGAAACCGGCUUGGGAGAUUGAUGAUUGGGAAUUUGCUGGUGUUGAAGAUGAAUUCGUUGUUGACCGGGUUGAUUCGGGUCAACCCAGAUUGGUUUUUGGUCCUGUUCCUACUAUUGAAGAAACUAAGGAAGCUACUUCUGAACUUAAAGAUGCUCUUGAUCAGGUAUAUCUCUCUUCACCAAAAUCUUCUGGAAGUGUGGACUCAUUCCCAGCUUUCCAUGAGACUAAAGCUUGCAUCACUCAGGAAUCACGUGUGCCAAAAAGUGCAAUGCAGGCGUUUAGGUUGCUCAAAGAAAGCCCUGCUGCUCAGACUGUAGUUGCUUCAAUUGCUUGUGAUCCUAAUGUGUGGACUGCUGUUAUGCAAAACCCAAUUCUUGUGGAGUAUCUCGAAUCAGAGAAAAAAGCUACUUUAUUUGAGAGUCCUGAGUUGGAGAAUCAAGAGUCUACAAAGAGCUCAGUAAAUUCUCCUGAUUACGAUGAUAAUGAAAAGCCUGAUGGUCUGAUGGCUUUGCUAGAAAAUGUAAAGCUUACAGUAGUCGACAUGGUUCAAAACUUGACUGAAAUGGUACAGAGCUGGUUUGCCGUCCCAGAGACGGAUAAAAGAGCUGGAUGUACUGAUGAUAACUCCAGGAUUUACUUGGCCGGAGGUUCAUUCAUGGCACUUGCCAUGAUGGUGAUCAUGGUGGUAGUGAUGAAGCGAGGUUAGACUUGAAAUUCCUCAGCUGUCUAAUUUGUCGAUCCUUCAACAUCUAGUCGUUUUUUGCUUGCAAAGAACUAUAACAGAGUUCAGGUUUUAUUUGAGUGAUAUCAAGUGUCAAUGCACGGUAAAUGUUAUGUUAGUACAUUUCUCAUUUCGGUACGUAUAUGGCUUUCUGAGAAAUGUUAGUAAUCAUCGGAAGACAUCCUUGUACAGUUAAGUUAGCGAAGAAUAAUUGGAAGACUCUUUAAUAGGUAUAUGAAGGAAUUUUCUGUGCUUUAUUUCUUAAGUGUAUUUAUUACCUAGUUGAGAGAGUCUAUGAUGAUAAUCUGUAAUAGCAAGGUUUACUA